AUGUUAGAAACUACAGUGGAGAAGUUUGAUCAAUACUGCAAUCAUCUCUUUGUGAAGGGGACAACUCCAAAUCUCCCAGGUAUUUUGGUUGGUGGGACAGUCCAGAACCAGAACCGCUACAAGCUGAUUUGCCAGAAGUACAAGAAAAUCUACAGGUUUGCAACUCUCUACGACACGACCAACAGGAUCCCUGUGUUCUCAGCCUACACCUUCACUGGUGAUGGGGGCAAGAGACCAGAAAAUAAAUCCUGGAUGAUAGAGCCCCAGCUUGAAAAUAUAACUAUAAAAGAGAUGAAAACCCAAGAGGAGCUGAAGGUGCAUAAUAAUAAUAUAGAUAUAAUAAUCAACCAUCAGGCUGCAGACGCAGACUACUACAAACAGUACCGUAAAAAUAACAAAAAGUUUCUGGACAGAGGUCACCUUUUCCCAUGUUCGUAUGCACCUGAUAAUGAUACCAAGAUGUCCACUUUCACCCUGACAAACAUCGUUCCCCAGUACCACACCUUCAACGGGGGUAGCUGGGAGAAAAUGGAGCGCAACGUCAGAAAAUCUCUUGAGGAGAACUGUACGAACAACAACAAGAUAAAGGCCUAUGUGGUGACUGGAGCGGUGCCCAACAAGAAGAACAACAAACUGAAGGAACGAGUGAACAUCCCAGAUAUCCUGUGGACAGCCCUCUGCUGUUACAACAACAAGAAGAACAAGUGGAUGGCCGGCGCACACUGGGGGGAGAACGUACCGAACGGGAAAACUUUUAAACUGAAAACCUUGGGAGAACUCGAAGACAAGUUGAAGAACAGCUACAAGGUUGAUGGUUUUCAGGUGUUCCCAAAGAAGUGUAAAGAACCGUUAUUCUGA